UCCAGCACCUGUAAUCAAAAGUUAUCAUCGAGGAGGAUCCAAAGUCCUUCUUGUUUUGAUUCCAGCAGGCAAGAGGAGGGAGAAGAACGCCUGAGAGCAGACCAACCCGCCAGCCAAAGCAGCAUCCGGGGCCCCAAGACAAUGGCAGCUGCCGGAGAGAACUUUUACGUGGUUACUGGUGACAGCAAGGGCCUGGUGGUCCCUGAAGACCUGCUACACCAAGCAGAGACAGUCCUGGAUCAGAAGCCGACACUGGAGAUCCCUCACUCUGGAUCCCCCCUUAGAGGAACAUGGAAGAAGUCAAGGCCCCUCAUACAGCUGGGAGCCCUUCAGAUCAUGAACGCCUUCUUUCACAUUUUCGUAGGAAUCUACUUGACAACUGCUGUGAAAAAUCUUCAUCUGGUUGCGAUAAAGUCCUGGUACCCAUUCUGGGGAGGAUGCUUAUUCUUCUGUUCAGGAACCUUAUUGAUCAUUGUGGGAAGCCUCAGGAAGCUGAAGAUCUUGACCAUGACCGUGAGCGCCAUUGACUGUGUCUGCGCACUGUGUGGGAUCUUUGUUUUCCUGAAGGAUUUAGUUUGGGAAUGUCCCUUUGACUUCCCCAUCUGGAGGCCUUAUCCCACCGCCACGGUGCACCUGCAGAGGCUUGAAUUCGGAUUGCUGAUCUGCACCAGCCUUGAGUUCAUCACACUAAUCUGCGCCAUGUAUUUGUUGUACAGGACGAACCUGUCGUCGGAGAUGAUGGCCAACUUCCCCAUGGACAUACGGCCCCCAGAGUACCCUGCUGAGCCGACUUCCCCUCCUCCAGCUUACGAAGAGGUGAUUUUUGAAAACAAGACAGAAAAGGCAGACCCCUGACUGACCGCGGACAAGAGGCUGGCCCCACUCAGUGCCCCUUGUGUUUGUUGGUGAGGAAGCCCCAUCCGAAUAAUGGGAGAAGCGGGAAGGAUGGUAAAGAGUUUGAAGAGCUAUGUAACUUAGUUUAUUCCAAGUAUAAACUCUAAGUCCUGGGCCCUGGCCCCAGAA